CUGGCCUGUGGACGGUCUUCACGCUGGGUGGGGUGGGGAGUAAACCAGCGUCGCAGCUGGAGCAGUGCUCCCCGCUAGCUAACCAGAGUCUGCUGCUGCUGCUGGUCUUGGCUAAUCUGACUGAUGCUCCAGAUAUGCCGAAUCCCUACAGGCAAGCGAUUAUGUCCUUCAAGAACACACAAGACAGCACUGCUUUUUCAUCAUCAAAUCCACAUGCAUUCCAGAUCAAUUUUAACAGUUUGUACACAGCUUUGUGUGAGCAGCAGAAAUCUGAUCAAGCAACUCUUCUUUUAUACAUGCUUCUUCAUCAAAAUGGCAACGUACGGACAUAUGUGUUGGCACGAACGGACAUCGAAAAUCUUGUGCUGCCAAUUCUUGAAAUUCUGUAUCACGUUGAAGAAAGGAAUUCACACCAUGUUUACAUGGCUCUUAUUAUUCUGCUGAUCCUUACAGAGGAUGAUGGCUUCAACCGAUCCAUUCAUGAAGUGAUAUUGAAAAAUAUCACUUGGUAUGCUGAGCGUGUCUUAACAGAGAUCUCACUUGGGAGUCUCCUGAUUCUAGUUGUGAUAAGAACCAUCCAGUACAACAUGACACGGACAAGGGACAAAUACCUUCAUACCAAUUGUCUGGCAGCCUUAGCAAAUAUGUCGGCACAGUUCCGCUCGCUUCAUCAGUAUGCUGCUCAGAGGAUCAUCAGUUUAUUUUCUUUGUUGUCUAAAAAACACAACAAAGUGCUGGAGCAAGCCACGCAGUCCUUAAGAGGUUCCCUCAGUUCAAAUGACUCUCCGCUUCCUGAUUAUGUGAGUAUCGAGCUUAAUGUUUUAGUAGCUGUAGAAUUGAAUACAGCGUUGGCAGAACGGGACAUUUUUAGCAAAUUAGAUCAAGACUCCGAAUUGAGAUAUGUCCGUAUUUGUCAAAUGCUGAGGAGGGGGAGGGUGGUGGUGGAGCUAAGGAGAUACGAGAACAAAUUUGAAGAAGUGGGAAGAACUUCUGACAUUAGCAGUACAAACACCUAUUGA